AUGGAUGCCUUAACGAGGGAAGAAUGGGAUCGUCUUUCAAAGGAUUCYCAUUUAAAUAAAAAAUAUGAAGAAUUUGAAAAAAAUGUAAGGGAUAGUAGUACAAUCAGUAAUGUGUGCGAUUCAUUAAAUAUCACUUAUACUAAGAUUACGAAAGAACUUUGUAAUAAAGUAGCCGCAAAUUUAAAGUAUGUAUAUGACAUAAAGGAAGAGGACAAAAAAAAAAAUACUUGUCKRCUAUACAAAUACUGGACAUAUGAUCAAAUGUGGAAAUUUCUUGGAAAUAAUAAGGAUCCUAAUCAUGUAAAAAGUGUUA